AUGGCCAACGGCUUGUCGAACAUUUCCGCCUCUCUAGGAGGCACACUGGCUGCUGCGGCCCUCUCAGCGGCGGCGGCCAACAGUCAUCAGGGAAGCCCUUCUGCCGGCAGCAUGCCACCGUCAUCGAACUCCAGUGCUGCUCAUGCAAACUCGCCCUUUGCAAGCAACUUCUUCCAGAAUGGCCCUCUGGAGCAGCUAAACAACGAGUUGAACAACUCACUCUUUCCCAUGGACGGCAUGAACUCGGACGCCUACCCAAACGCCCUCUUCCACCACAACAUGUGCAAGUGGCCUGGCUGCGAGACGUACUGCGAUGACAUGCAGAACUUUCUGAAGCAUCUCAAUGCAGAGCACGGUCUCGACGACCGCAACACUGCCCAGACGCGCAUUCAAAUGCAGGUCGUACAGCAGCUGGAGCAGCAGCUGAUGAAGGAAAAAGAAAUUCUCACCUCGAUGUUGCAUCAUCUGUACUCUAAGCAGCGAGCUGCUGCCGUCGCUGCGGCUGCUGCCGUCAACGGAUCACAGGCCAACUCAUUGCGAAUGGCCGCAGCUGCAGCCGCGGCCGCAGCCGCUGCAAGUGGCCAUGCAAAUGGCCUGAACAGUAGCGGAAACGGUAGCAACAGCGUCAGCGCCAACGGAAGCAACCUGCAGGCGAUGAUCAAACUACUUCAGGAGCACGAGGAGCUGAAUGCAGCCAUGGGCGGCGGCGGUGUGACGCCGUUGAUGGCCGCCGCGGCAGCCAACAACUUUGCCGCCGAGCAGGGCAGUGUGCAGGGCAAUCGAUCUGCCAGUUCGCCCAGCAACCUGCGCUCCUCACUCUUUGGCGGUUCCUCUCUGGAGGUGAACAAUCACGAGCGUUCUAGUCUUCCCUCACCGACGCACGUGGCACACCACCACCAACAGCAGCACCAGCAACAACAGCAGCACCACAUGCACGCCCACCACCUUCACCUGCCGGGAAAGGGUGGCGCCCCACUGGGCUCACCCACCGGUGCCGGCGCCCUUCGAGAGCAUUCCAGUCAGGCAGCGGCCGCCGCUUAUGACUCUCGAUCUUCGCCGGUCAUCUCCUCAAAUGGAACCACCACCAGCGGCGGCCUCACUCGCCGUCGCCUGGAGAAGCACACCACCUCCAUGUCGUCCACCCAUUCCUCGCCGGUGUUGAACCUCUCAAACAACUCGGGGUCCAAGCACUCCUACACCAGCAGUCUCAGUCCUAUUGGCUCGGCCAACUCGGGCUCGAUCAAGUUUGGCAUGGAGAAUCUGUCGGUGAAUCUGGAGGAGACGGGCAACGGCCUGGUCGUCCCCGGGGCGACGGCAAAUGGCCAUGGCGUGGGCAAGGCAGGCAAGACGCCCAAGGUGUGUGAUCUCACGUCAAAGGGCGUCAUUGACUUGGCCUCCAUGCCCAUUCAGUCAGAGUCUACGCGACGCCGAAUUGCUGAUCGCAACAAUAUCGACAUUUCCGAAGAGAUCUCGCGCAAUCGGGAGUUUUACCGAAACAACGAAGUCAGACCGCCGUUUACUUAUGCAUCGCUCAUCAGACAGGCCAUCAUUGAGUCACCUGAGAAGCAGCUCACCCUGAACGAAAUUUACAACUGGUUCCAAGGGACGUUUUUCUACUUCCGUCGCAAUGCUGCCACUUGGAAGAAUGCUGUUCGGCACAAUCUGAGCUUACACAAGUGCUUCAUGCGCGUUGAAAAUGUGAAAGGUGCCGUGUGGACUGUUGAUGAGCUGGAGUUUUACAAGCGAAGACCACAGCGAAAUGAAAAGGGGGGCUCGGGUUCGGGAAUGGACGAUGACUUUGGCGGCAUGUGGCCUGAUGGCAGCUCUGAUCUCAUUCAAUCGCCAGCGACCACACCAAAGCGACACGUCGCUCGAGGACGUCCCAAGCGAAACUCUGCACCCACUAACAA